GGUCCGCAAUCGCGGCCCUGCGCGGCCCCGAUCACUGGCGGCGGGAGAGCGGCGACGAGGCGGACCUGCCAUCCCCACCAUGGCCGAGGACAAGCCCAAGGAGGGGGUGAAGGCGGAGAGCGACCACGUCAACCUCAAGGUGGCGGGGCAGGACGGCUCGGUGGUGCAGUUCAAGAUCAAGAGACUGACCCCACUCAGCAAGCUCAUGAAGGCCUACUGUGAGCGCCAGGUGGGUUACAGGUGCAGGGUGAGGGUGCAGGGUAUUGCUGCAGGGUGCCUGUGUGUCAGGAAGCCCAGACGGCUGUUGAGUGGGGUCUGCCGCGGCCCCUUGCAGGGCCUGUCCAUGCAGCAGAUCCGGUUCCAGUUCGACGGCCAGCCCAUCAGAGAGACAGACACCCCCGCGCAGCUGGAGAUGGAAAACGAGGACACCAUCGGCGUCUUCCAGCAGCAGACGGGGGGCUCCGGAGGGGUGGGAGCCUGGGGUGUGGGACCCCGCCGCCCCCGCCGCCUAGCCUGAGCUGGUGGCCCUGCCCCUCCCAGGGCCUCGGGGGUCUGAACGGCCGCCCCCAGCAGCCCUCCCGCCCCCCAGCGCCCCUGCUCCCAGAGUCCCCGGUCGGAGGGGCCGCCGGGCUGCCCACUCGACCCCACCACGUGUCUGACCGGGCCGUGUCGGGCCGUGCCCCCCGGGCCGCCCCUGCCGGCGCUUGGGGUACUGUGCUCACCCCUUGCUCAGCACCCCCGGCGGGCCCGGCUCUGGGCGGGCAGCGGGCAGCCCUCCACCCCUCGGGUCUGCAGAGACGCCGAGGGCUCCUCCCUGCCUCCUCCCCAGCGGAGACAGAGAUAACACAGCCCCGCCAUCCCCAGAGCUGCCCCGGGUGCCGGGCUCGAACCCAGGACUUCGGGCGCCACAGCGUUGCUCUGGGUCACCCCACGCCUCCGCCAGGCAGGGACUGGGCACAGCCUCUCAGGCCUGGUGCCUUGCAGGGG